GAAAUUUAUGUCCCACUCUUCAUCUUCGCAGUCAAUACCAAACCGCCGCAAUAUCCUUCGAUAUCGAAACGAUUCUUACAUCCAUUCUUGGAUCCAUCCCUACAGCGAUUUCUACACCCAUUUUGGACCUAUUUUUACAUCCAUCUUUGGAUCCAUUUUUGGAGCCAUUUUAUUUCCAUCUCGUCAGCUCCAACCUUGACAUCAUCAGGGGCGGAAGAUCGAACAAACUAAGUGAAGAGGCCACUGGCAUGAGGAGGAAGCCAUGAAGACAACCAAGACUAAAAUUUCACGCCGAGCGGUGUUCAGAGUCUCCAAGAGAGUGUUACGUCACCGCUGCUUGUUCAAGUUUCGACCACGACGAGCGAAGAAGAUCCAGGCCCGGAGUAAGAAGGCGGCCAAUCGAGUCACGGGCGCUUUGAUUGCGUGUGGAGAGAUGAACGUCAGAGAGGAUGAAGUUUCGGGGGUCGUCUCUGGGAUGGAGGAGCUGAAUCUUGUUCGAGGUGGGAGGUGAAGGGAUGGGGGAAUCAUUUCAACACUUGAGGGGAGGUGUGAAAGGGUGGAAUUCAUGGAGGAGUACGCCUGGUUGAACCAUACAAGUACCACGUCG